AGAUCUGCCAUCCCAACCCUAACACCAACACCAACACCAACAAUCGUUUUUUUGUGUUUCCCAGGGGAUGGAAGAUGGAGGCGAUUCAUUCAUACCCAGAUCCGAUUCCAACUCCAAGUUAGUCGUAGAGCAAAGGAGCUGUGAUGAAUUCCAACAAAAAGACGGACUUUCCAGGAAGCGCGUCAAAAUGCGACAUCUUGAUUCUGUCUUUCGUUCUGAUGCGAUGAAUGGGUUUGAUUCAAAAUCUUUGAAAACCAAUGAAGAUGACAUGUCCCCACUUACCGACGUGAAAGUGGCCUCCGAUUUUGAAUCAGAGACAACAUUACCUUUGGAUCUAAAUGCUGAAUUUUGCUUUCCCACCAAUUCAGAUACCAAUUCUGCAAAUUCAAGGGGCAUUGCCUUGGAUCUAAAUGUCGAAGACGUUUCUAGUUCUGUAAAUCAAGAUCACUUUCACCCUUGCAAAAAUACCUCGGUUUUGAAGCCUAGAGAUGUUUCUCACUGUGAAACUGAAACUUCAACUGCUCUGGAGAAAGAUCCGUUAAGAGUUUGGAAGGAGAUGAAGCAAAAUGGUUUUCUAUCGUCUUCUCAUGGAGGCAUAUGUGUGCAAAACAGUGUUGUCUCAUCUUCCCAUGGUGGGAUACCAGUGCCAAAGAAACGUGGGAGGAAAUCUAAGAAUGAUCACGUACUCAACAAAAGGAUGGAACUUGCUAAGAGAGAACAGGUUGACAGGUUCACCAAGAUUGCUGCUCCCACCGGACUGCUUAAUGGUUUGAAUCCUGGGAUUAUAAACCAUGUAAGAAACAGGAAGCAGGUCCAUUCAAUUAUACAGGCCUUGGUCAAGUCCGAAAAACCUGAACCUUUACAUUCACAACCCAAACACGCAAACCAUCUUAACACCAAUGAUUCCACACCACAUCAACUUGGUUAUUCUGAUCAAUGUUGGCACACAAAUACCUUUUCUUCGACUUCGACCAAGCAGACAACAGGAUGCGCCAUUCCAACGCUGAAGCCAUGUUCCUCAAAUUCAGAAGAAAAAUGCAGAGAUGGUGACUCGAGCAUGAUAAAUCAAGUCAGAGAGGGUGGAACAGUAGUGUUCAAGUUGUCAUCAUCAGCCAAGACUUCUGACAACACCAACUCCAGCUCCCUGUCUAAUGAGGAAUCGACAACUCUCAUAACUGCCUCUUCUCUUUCUGUUAAAGCUGCUUCUGUUGCAUCUCAAUGGUUGGAACUUCUUCAGCAAGAUAUUAAAGGACGUCUUUCAGCAUUGAGGCGUAGCAAGAAGAGGGUACGAGAUGUAAUUGCAACAGACUUACCUUUUCUAAUAUCAAAAGAGUUCUCCUCUGAUCAGGAGAAUGAUCCUUACAUCAUGCAAAACAAUUCUGCUACUGCUGACCAGCAUAGGGCGAGAUGGAGUGCACUGUUUGAUCAGAUGGAUAAAGCACUAUCUGAAGAAGAGAAACAGCUUGAAAGUUGGUCAUAUCAAGUAAAAGAGAUGCAACUGCAUUGCGAUCAGGGCCUGAAUCAUAUCCAUGGGAACAUGAUUUAUGGUUUACAACAGAUAGGAGCAUCAAUAGUGGAGAGCAAAUUAGGGAAGGGGGAUGGGUCAGAGUCAGAGAAGGAAUUGGCUGUGAGGGCAGCAGCUGCUUCCAUUUAUUCAACAUGCAAUUUUCUAUUAACAAAGGAGAAUGUGUCCUGUUUCUGAUCUUACUAACUGCAUCGUUUGCUACUGCCGUAAAUUCAACUAGUCCAUGUUGCAUUCUCUUUCCUAAUGCAAAUGCUAGCUAGAAUCCUUAAUCUGCGUUUUCCCAACCAUUGUUGGUUAGAUAAAGCCUUAAUGGCUUGUGAAAUUGUAACACCAAAAGCUAGUUUAUUUUUUCCUUAGCAUUUUUACUCUGUCUGAAAAUUCUGAUCAUAGUGGAGGCUGAAUUUGAUGUUAGAAGUUAUUUCUUUCUCUUUUUUAAUUUUCUUUUGAUUGAGUCGAAUUAAAGAGACAAAGGCAGUAAACAUGGUGUAUCUUU